UUUGGAUUUCUCCUUAUGAAUUAUGGAACCUAAAAAUAGCUAAAACAAGGUUAUUUUAAAAGUUUCAUAAAUUCACUGAAAAAAUGAACAAAACUAAGAAGUUAAAUUUAAACGUAAUUUUUGUAGCCCCUCUGUUAUUAUCAUUAUUAUUACUAACUUGUAAUACAACACAUAUUCAAAAAAACAUUUCUCAAAGUUCAUCUACGUGCCAAUUACAACUAGAAUGUAUCGGAGCUAGUUCAUCUGGAUAUGGUCGUGUACGCAUACCUGUUCGAUCAGCUCGAGGGCCAGCUGGACCAACAGGGGAACAAGGAAAUCCUGGACCACCAGGUCCUCGCGGAGAAACAACAAAAUUACAACCUAUAUGGAUUCCUAGACCAGUAGAAUAUCAAAUAGCUUUUUAUACAGGUUUAUCAAAAAGUAUUGAGAAUAAACCAGUGAACAAAAAUUGUCAAUUAAUUUUUGAAUCAGUUAUGUUGAAUCUCGGCAGCGGAUAUGAUAAUACUACGGGUAUAUUCACUGUUCCUGUUUCGGGUGUUUAUAUAUUUGUUGUAGUUAUAUCAGCACAGAGUUAUGAAAAGGCAGGUGUACGAUUACUGCAAAAUGGUAAAGUUGUGUUACUUUCAUGGUGUGAAAGUACGUUUUGGGCAACUGUAACUAAUCAAGCUAUUAUUCAAUUAAAUAAAAAUGAUCAAAUAUGGUUGGAAUGUAGAGAUGAAGCUUAUCGUUUACAUGGACAUAUGUAUAGCAGCCUAUCUGGUUAUCUUCUUUAUCCUCAUGACAUAUAAUCGUGACAAAAAUGUUGAGCCCAAUAUGACAAUCUUUCUUUUCUUCUAUGUAUAACUUCUGUUUAGUUAAACGUUAACUAUUCAAAUAAUUAAUCAGUAGUAUGAUCUACAAUCUUUUAUUACAUACUUAUGUAAUAAAUUUUUGUUACCACAUAAUAACUAUACUUUUAUUGGACUCAUUUUGUGAUAACAAAUAAAAUGAGUACAUUAAUCGACAGACAAGUCAGUGAAGCAUUAAACAGAAUAAUUAAGCGA